AGCGAGGUCACACUUCCUUUUUUUAAAAUUCUUUGCUUUGGAAGUCUUUCUCAUGUGGAAGCACGCUGCUCCCUAACUCCUGGCUAAGCAGACUUCAGUUCACCAACUUUGCUGCCGUACAGCAGACGUAACUCCUUGACAGGAUGGCAGACAAAAGAACAGCUGGCACAAAGCAAUAGGGGAUUCAUAGCAAGGAGGAGGAAAGAAGAUCACAGACCUUUCACCCGCGCCGUCGACGCCCGGCAGCUGUCAGAACAGCAGUGGAAGGGACAGCUGAAGCCACCAUGCGCAGGUCUAGCACCGAUGAGUCGACCUAUCACAGGAGCCCUUCCCUGGACAGCAAGGAUUACAGUUUCCCAAAUGGCACCUUUCGUCGCUACAGCAGCAUGUAUGGUGGCCAGUUUGGGGCUGCCAGCAACUCUUUUUUUGGAUUCCACACCAACCCAGGCCCAAAGGCCACCAAGGCUAAGUACACGUCCCCCAAGGGAAACAAGUACGUUGUCUUUUACCUGGAUCUCUCAUUUAUUUUUCUCCUAGAACUGAAGAGGUGCAGCAUGGCUCACAACUGCCUGCAGUGUAUCAAGUACCUAAUGUUUGUUUUCAACCUUCUCUUCUGGCUGGGGGGCUGUGGAAUCCUUGGUGUAGGCAUCUGGCUGGCUGUUACCCAAGGGAACUUUGCCACUCUCUCCUCUUCUUUCCCAUCCCUGUCUGCUGCCAACCUACUGAUCGUCACGGGGACAUUUGUCAUGAUCAUUGGCUUCGUGGGCUGCAUAGGCGCCAUCAAAGAAAACAAGUGCCUCCUGCUGAGUUUUUUUAUCAUGCUGUUAAUUAUAUUUCUGUUGGAGCUCACUGUUGUGAUUCUGUUCUUCGUCUACACCGACAAGAUUGACAAGUAUGCUCAGCGGGAUCUGAAGAAAGGACUUCAUUUGUAUGGGACAGAUGGAAAUAUUGGCCUCACUAAUGCAUGGAGCAUCAUUCAAACAGAUUUCAGGUGCUGUGGAGUCUCCAACUACACUGACUGGUUUGAAGUGUACAACACAACCCGGGUGCCAGACUCCUGCUGCUUAGAAUUCAGUGAGAAUUGUGGACUUCAUUCCCCAGGGACCUGGUGGAAAGCGCCUUGCUAUGAAACUGUGAAAAUAUGGCUCCAGGAAAACUUAUUAGCAGUGGGAAUCUUUGGAUUGUGCACAGCUAUGGUGCAGAUACUCGGACUCACCUUUGCAAUGACCAUGUAUUGUCAGGUAGUCAAGGCAGAUACCUACUGUGCAUAGAUACCAUUUCCCAGUCUUUCUGCUCCUCCUCCAAAGGACACAGGAGAAAUCUCCUUCAUGCUCAUUCAUCUGACCUUCCCCCCCCUCUUUGUACUAUAAACUGUGUAUAAUGCUAUCUUUCUGAAGAUUUUGUGAAUCACCCCACUUCACUGAAGGAGGAAGAAAAGAAAAAGUCAGUGCUUGAACUGGCACAGGUAAGAAGCAGCCUUGUCUUUAAACAGAGGAAAACCUCCAAAGAGCAAUGUUUCGUUUUCCAUGGCCUAUGGCAAGACAAAGGAGGUUGCUUACAGGAGGCUGAUCUGCAAACCAAUGUUAGGAAAAGAUUGCACUGAGGCAACCUCUGAGAAACCUGCCAGGUUUCCUUCCCGCAUUUCACAGUCCGGAAGAGAGGAAGUAGAAAAUGCGUAUUCUUCAGCAAGAAGGUACAGAGUAGCUAGCACUGAAUGCAAUUGUAAUUUUACUACAGUUUGCCCACAGCUAAAAUGUCAAGAUCAAGCAGCCCUGCCUCCAAGUGUCUCAAAAUGAUUUUGUAGCCGGAAAGGAUCAUCUUCAGAAAUAUGUUGUUUUAAAGGAGUAUUUUUAAUCUUAUGCGCCGCAAAGUCAGGCUUUUAAUCAGAAUCUGUACAGUGAGAUCUGGCUGUUAAUGGAAAACAAUAUUGGACGUUGCCUCACUUACCAAUCGCCAGUGGCAAUAGAUGGUUGAUUGCAUAUGUUACGUAUAUUACAUUCAUUAACACAUACUUUUCUGAAAGGAAGUGAAAAUACCCAGCAUCUAACCUCAGAAAGAGGAAACCUUUCUAUCCUAUUUUACAUUCCAACUGAAAUAACCAAGUAUUAUUUCUUGUACAAGGCACUAUCACUUAUACCUCUGGGAAACAAGUAAUUACUUUCAGCUGUAUCUUCAUUUCAGUAAACAACUUGUGAGUGGGCUCUCUCUGUCAGUCUACUAUGGCUUUAUUUUUUAUCAUUCCUGUUUCAAGUUAGUCUGCCAAAAAAUAUCACUCAUUUCCUCACUUGAAGAUGUGUACAAAGCUGUCAGCUGUUCCUUCCCUGAAUGUCACCAUUUCAUUAAUUUACUUUGGGAUAUCAUCAUCUGCAGGUAUGAUAGAGUUUGUCUUGCUGAGGAAAAAUCUUUUGCGCAUUGCCCAUUUGUCUGAGAGUUAUUAAGACUUCAGAUGCUUUUAUGCUUAGCUUUUUUUUCUCCCAGCUGCACGCUGACAACAGCCAAGACACAUCAGUCUCUCUUAGAACUGGAGUCACCUCUCAGUACUCCUUUUCACAUGCAUCUUCCUUUGCCUAGCUGUUGGCAGAAUAUAGCCCACACUUUCUGAAAUAUCAUAGAAUCGCAGGAAUAUGCAGGAAUCAAAACCGUAACUUUCCUUAGCCAGGGAACAGCCACUUACUGUCCGAUUUCUCCACUCAUUGAUAACUAAAGUAAUUUCUGUAGUACCCUCCUGUGCACACCUUCUAGCAAUGAGGUUAAGAAUCAGAUGUAUCCUAUUGUUCAAACAAAUAAUUCCCCACCAGCAAGUAGCCCCAGAUAAUGCAGAUGUGACAGGGAGAAGCUGGGAAAGGACACAGCAGGGAACAGGCAAACAGAGCAAUGCAGAUGGCCUGCUAACUGCAGCCAGCCUUGGAGGAUCUCUCAGCCACUGAUGGUUAGAUGAGAGAGACAGCCAUGAAGCUGUUUUCCCGGAAAGGUCAAUGCAGCCAUCCUUACUGUGACAGACUGGAAGCAUGCAUCAAGCUCACACAAAAAGUUAGCCAGCUUACAACAGCAGGUCUCAGCUACAAAUGACAUUUUGUGUGCUUUGAUUUAAAGGCAAUUUCCAGCAUAAAGCUGGACUUGCCAACCCACAGCCUAUUGAACAAUCUCCUUCACACACAUAACUAAUCCUUUUCUGAACCUGCACUAUUGACAGAUUCACUCUCACUCCUUAGCUCUUGGGUUUUUUUGUCUCUUUGCUGGUUUCCUGUAGCCUUCUUACUCUCAGGCAAGAACUACUGAACUACUCCAUGGUUUCCCAGGAAAUGCUUAGGAGAGUCUGAUGUGUAAAAGAGCAAGUAUCUUCCAAAAUCUUACCCCCAGGGGACAUUCAGCUGUGCAGGCUAAGUUGAAAGUAAUGUAUUACUUGUGUGCAUUUUAUGUGGCUUCUCGAUCACUCUCUAUCACAGCAACCUCACCACCACUAAUGGAUUUUACUGUCACGCUAACAAGCCUUGACAAAUGUUAGCAUACCUUGCUCCAAGCUGAGUGAACAGCCCACACAGAGGUGCCUGUACUCCAAGCAAGAGGCUUACUCUUGGUGUUACAAUCACCACAGUCUCAAUGCUCUCUGCUUCCUGAGUCAGGCUCACCUGCAAACAGUCCUGCUCUUCGUUCCUUCCCUCUCUCCACUCUUUUCCUUUCUUACUUGCAUAGAUGUAAUUCCAGGUUAGAUGUACCAUUAGUUCUUGCCGUGGUUUAUAGUUUGUACACAGAGGUGCCCCUGCUGACAGCUCAGAGUUUCCACCACUGAAAAGCAGCAUAACAGAGUGGUGAAUACAUUAAUAAAACAUUGAUUUUUUUAAAGAUAGAUAAAAGGUAGAGAAGUCUAUUUGUAGUGAUCCCUGCCAUUAAAAAUUAACACAGAGACAGCAGGCUGAUGAUGCUUCAGUUGAUAAGAGCAAACCAUUGUGCAGCAGAACUCCCACAGAGAGCUACUCAUCAAUUUGCUUGAUGGUGGUGUAGGCAAAAGAGAGAUCACAGACCCUUAUCCUGUGAGUCUCCCAGUAAUACGUGCUGAGCUCUUAGAGAACACUGUUACACUUCAGCUAAUCCUAUAGUGGAAAGAAAAUAUGAGAAAUAGAGACUGAAAACAAGUCACAUUUUGUGGUUCCCUCUAAUCAUUUUCCACAGUUUAGGUGUCUUUACAGUAACAUAAACUGCCUUGGUUUUCGAAAACAAGUAUUUAUAGGGAGUUUAAGUAACACUCCUUUUGUAAAUCCCAGUCACUGCAACAAAAAGAUAUAGUUAGAGGAAAAACAAACAAACAAAAAAGCCCCAACCAAACAAAAAAAAACCAGGUCACAUUGCUGCUAAUAAUUCUUUUUUAAAUACUAUCCUUACACUACCAACUGAGAUGCUAUUGCAACUGAUUUAUAAUUCUGACUGGACUGUUUUCUAUAUUGAUGUUAUUAACUCUCUUCACACGGGCCAAACAGAUGUUACGGUGCUUACAGCAUUACCAGCACAAUCCAAUUUCAAACCUCUGAACAUACAAAUCUCUGAGCAUAUUACAAGCCUCAGACUUACCAUAUUUUCUUUUGAAGAGCAUUGCAUCCUUCUCUGGUGACGAAGUCAGAAGAUUUUUGUGAUAUGUAACAGCAACAAUCUUUUUAAAAAAUAAAAAAAAAUGAUAGUUCCAUAUUACGCAUAAAACUUCAAGUUAAACUGGUUGAUUAUAAAUAAGUAACCUGUAGUAUAUCAUAUCCAUUUAAAAGGCUGCUGAUAUUGUAUGUAUGCAGAGCAACACAGAAGUCAUUCCAAUUGCUUCUAUUAGUGUCUUGUUACUUUUAGUAAAGACUUUUAUAUAAUUUUGACUUCUUAUCUUUAGACAUAAAGGAGGAUUAAAUACAUUUACAUUAAAGACAGAACCAAAGGCAAUAAAGGAGCACUUCUAAUUUAUUCUCAUUGCUCUUUCUGCUUAAUAACAAGAUGUGAAGGCAUAGGGCAUAUGGCUGCACCUACUGAAUUCAGCAACAUCAGGAUUUAGCUUUUUAGAUUCAGUCCAAUAUACUUUUGGCUUUUCAUCAGCACAAUUGUAAUGAAAUAUAUACAUAUAUAUAUUUAGUAGAAUAUGGUUUAUUUUCCUGUACUGCCACUAGCAGCCAAAUCUUAUUACUUGUACAACAGAAUUACUUAGCUCCACAUCAUACAAUGCACAAUCACUGCAAUUCAGUCCCGUUUCUGUUCUGUGAAUACUUCUUUGGUUCUCCCCCUCAGAUCAUAUAAACUCAUAAAGGUUUAUUCUUUCAUUAAAUAAUUAGCAUUUAACUGCAGCAUCGUAGGAUUUAUAAUAUGGAGAGGAAGGAACUGCACAGAAUCUGUAAAAUGUUUUGUCUUGCAUCAGCAGUAGGGUUGCUUUGCAAAUCCACUGAAACGCCUCUCUCUUCUCACAAACUGGUUACACUUUGUCCAUGUCCACAACCUCCUGUCCUACCCUGUGAACGUGGUAAGAGGCAGCCCAGAGCCACGUGCCCUCAAAGUUGCAGCCUUUCACUUACCCCUUUGCUUCAUUGUUGUGCUAUGAAUGUGGCACCAAAGGUAAGCAAGAGGAAUCAGCUGUUGAUUGUGGUGAUUAUUUUAAAACUAGACUCUUUAUUUGCUUAGUCAGCAAGGAUUUGCUAAGUGUGAAUGAUCUUCAUAGAUACUGAGUUAGACAAUUCACAGCUAGAAAACAAGUCGGGACCUGCCAUGGGAAAUUUGUUUGGAUUCCAUUGUGAAUUUUCCUAACUUGUCACUGGUAUCUUACCACGGUGGGCAAGUCUUCUCAGUUCUUUGGAUUUUGUUGCUGCAAUUACAGUGAUACAUUUUUGUGCAUUCAUAUAAAGAACAAAAUUUAAAAUAUACAUUUUAUUUUUUAAAAGUUAUUAAAUAUUCUUUAAAGUUUACAACAGAAUGUCUUUUGUAUUCUUUAUAAUCAACUGCACUACAAGCUAUACAGCGAGUAUAUACAGACCCAUAGAUAUGUGUUUGUGCAAGUGUGUGCAAGUGCACACACACUGUAUGCAAUUAAAAAACCCUCCACAGUAUACUAAUUCUUUGUCACUUCUCAUUACCCAUUUUUGAUUUGUCCUAUCCUUCCUUACAUAUUUGGUUUUAUUAUUAUUAUUUAAGCGAUUUACCCGUUCCCAGGUAAACAUACAUCCCUUUCUUUUUCCUCUUAAGGGCAACCUGAAAUUAUGCAGUAGUCGAUAACAAUUCAGAAACUACUGGGAGAUCAGAUUUACAGUGUUAACAAAAGACUCAGAGCUGAAACCAAUUAUUUUGUGUUUACAACUUGUCUGUUACUGAUGAUUUUGAAACAAAAGGACUGGACUUCUCUUUUUCUGAGGUAGUUGCUUGGAUUCAGAAAUUAUAUAGAAAAACUUAGAAAAUUAACGCUAGACUGUGUUAAAAUGGAACAACUAGGAACUUGUACUGUGUCAGAUUAGAAAAAUGUCUAGUUAGCCAGGUAUCUUAUCUGAAAUCCUGUCUAACACUGCCUUUUUCAAUACAAUUUAUUGCACCCUACAGGUCAAACAGGUUUGCAAGCGAAAUUGCCUCCAAACUGUGCAUUCUGAACAACAAAAAGGUGUACUAUUGAAAUUGUAACAGUAGAAGUAGAGACACAGACAUUUUAGAAGUUAAUGCAGGAAACUUCAUAUGGGAUAACCUAAACCUUUGGUGGAAGUUUCUUACAGCUCCCUCAGUUCAGUAGGCAUGUUUACAGUACUUGAUUUUCUUUGUCCUAUUCAGUGUACCACUGAUGGUCUCAUUAACCACACCUAUCUUUAAUCCCUUUCUGACUUUGUGAAACUUUGCCCUUAAGUCUUGCAUUGUAGCAGAGAAUUUCACAAUUUCAUCAUGCUGCAUACAUGUAAAAGAACCCUUCUUAUACAGAUUUUUAAAUGUUGCCUUUUAAUUUCAUUUAUUCACCAUUGGUUCUAGACUUCAGGAACGCUAACAUAAUGAUGCUUGCAGAACUGUAUGGGCACAGAGCAGCUGUAUUACCUUUACAGCCCAAUUUGUCUUUCCACUAAAGCUUAACCCUGGGUAAUUGAGUAUGCUAUUGAUUUUCAAGAUCCCAUUGUUUCAAACAACUAAGCCCAGUGUACCUUCCCCUAGUAGCUAUCCUAGUUGUCUUUGCUUUUGAAAUACAUGUUGGCAUAGACAAGGCUGUUUCUACUUAAAUCAACAACUAGACUAGUAUUUCACCUGACAUCCUGCUAUUUUUCCUCAAGUACACUUAACAUAACCUGGGAAUAUCGGGCUUAGCUGAUUAGACUGGCUGUGUAAUACAAAGUAGUUUCUGUCUGCAUGGUGAUAAUUUUCAAAGAGACUUAAGGACAGCCUAUGAAAUCUCAUCCAAAGUUUUGUCUUGACACAUCAAAAGUUCAAAUGCAGAGCCCUGUGUUUCUUACCUGCCAUAUGUUAAAACCCCAAACAAAUAAGGAAUUGGUCAUUACUAACUCACCUAGCAAAUGCCAUUUGAAAGACUGUUUUUCUGAAAUCCCAUCAGUUGCCUACAUAGGUCAUUUUACCCUAGCCCUUGCUUCCCUCCUACCCCCACAAUAAACUGUUUCCCCAUGGAAAUACUGUAUAUUCAUUAGAAAUCCUGGGUUUUGUUGUUCCGCAAGAACAGCCUAGUUUAUAUUCUUCCCUCCAACAGCCAGAAAGCAUUUACUACCAAAUCUACACCAGUGUGUGUUAGACAACUAAAUAGAUGGCCUAUAAGUCAUCUUGCAUUGCAUGGUUUUUAAUGAAGAAAUGGCUGAUCAGUUAAAUGGGUUUCUCAAACAACUCACUGGUAUCUUUUAUGCAGAAACAGUUUAUGUAGAACAUUUUGUUACUUUAGAAUUGCUUAACAGCAACUUCCCUCUAGUUGUGGUUAAAAGAAUAAUUUGAAAGGAUGGGAUAAUUAUGCACUAUAAACUUCCCCCUAUAUUCCUAUUAUAGAAUAUAAUUCUGCUAUUACAGAAUACAGUUCAAAUCACAGCCAACAAAAUAAAACAUAACUGUAAAUAAUUAAAUCUAUAGAAAACAAAAAUCUAUAGAAAACUACAGCAUAAAAAAACAACUGCCAAUGUGUACUCCUUAUGUGUUUAUGUCUCAUAUGGACAGCAAAAGAGUUUCAGGUGUAAAGCAUUCAUCCUAACGAUUAACUAAAAAUUACUGUAGAAACAAAGGGAUUUCAGGACCUGGUUUCUUAAAAGUCUGUACAGAUGCACCUCAUCAUGUCCCUAUUCCACAAAUACCUUUCCUUGGCCCUAAAGCUUAAGGCCAUCGCUGCUUCAGCCCUUCCACCUCUACUAUACCUUAUCAAUCAAGGUCCCAGUCUGUCAAAUGUGGAGAGGAUUCAAUUAUUUGUAUUGUAUAAAUUUUAGUGUCCAAUGAUAGACAUCUUACAUGGCUUUAUGAAGUUCAGGUUUGAUAUUGACUUAGGAGACCAUAGUCCCUACACAACAUAGUAAAAUAAGCACUGUAACCAAGUAAUUCAUGCAGCCUAGUUAUAGCCUAAGUAGUGACAAUCUGAAUUGCUUUUAAUAUCCUCAGUUCCUUGAUGCAAGCCUGCAAGUGGCCAGAUGAGCACUGUUAUCAAGCAGAACUGUCACUAGCUGCUUAGCAUUCUCCAGAGAAACUAAUGCUGCAGGGAUGCUUUUUUUCCUUUUUGUUUCUUUCUUUUAACCCAGUUUACCUUGGAAACUUGUUCAGUGUUACUGUAUCAACCACAGAUGCAAUGAACAGAUUCUGAUAUUAUAUCUCAGUUUGAAUAAUAAGCAUCCAGAAUAUCGAGUUAAAAAAUACCUCAUGUUAGAAAUUAUGUCUUUGCUGUUCUUUUGAAAUGUUCACCUGCAUCCAUACGCUGUUGAGGUGAGUGGAGCAGCAUAUGCAUCCCCACAGUUUGUACUGUGGCAGCCCAACUAUCCAAGGUAAAUUCUACAAAAGAAAAAAAAGAAAGAAAAAAAAGGGGGGUGGGGGAGGUGUUCUCAGUUCUCCCAUUUUCAGGCUCUCAUUUCUCAAGGAACAGAACCAUCCUUCCCGCAAGGGAGUUAAAUCUGUUUACAAACGCAAUUAGAAUGAAGCAUUUGCAAGUACUCCAGGAAAAGAGCACUUCUCCAUGGUGCUGAUUCUAGUGCUUUUUUGGAACCCCACCUCUCACUCUAUAAGCCUAUACCAGAUCUCUUGUCACAGUCAAAGUCACCAAAAGCUUCUUUGUAAUCCUCAGAGCACCACACAACCCUCCUCCCUCCCCACCAAUGGCCACUGUCUUUGCAGCUGUAUUAAUUUCAUUUGAAAGUCAUGUUGGCAUUAGUUGAAUAGAGAGGCUGCAUGGAGGUGCAAGUGAAGCUGUUUGGGUAAAUUCUUCACACUGUAAGCUCAGCUGCAGGAACUGGACACACAAGUAUAUUAGAAACAGUACUAUUUCCCCCUAGAAGCCAGAGGUGCUUUGACUAUUCUCCUGCUGAGCAGCUAAGUUAUGCUACUUGGUCUCUCAAGAACAGAGUUGCCUCAAACCCUCAUGAUUGAAAACACUCCUACUUUUGGGGGAAAGACAGAAAUUGUGAACUCAGACCUGUGCACAACUGAAGGAAUUAUGGAUUUGCAUAUGCAACCACAAGAGAGUACAUUGACUGAAUUGAUGUGUCAUAUAAUUACUAACUCCCUUUCCCUAAACAAAAUAACUCACCAGCUUGGAAGUACAGCUUGUUGUCAUGGAACUUGCUUGGUAUUUGGUGCUAAUAAAAAUUGAAGUUUUAAAUCUC